AUGGAUGCGUUAAAAGAAUACUUUGUGUUCGCCACCACCUUUGCCCAAACUGGUGAUUCAUCGAUGCUUGCAGGCUAUAGGAUGCAACAAGAGCGGCAGCGCAAGAACAAACAUUUGGUUGAAGUUGGUGUAUUCGGCUUCAUCGAUGCUAUCUUAAGGAAUGUGUCCCAUCAUGAUACGUACCUUUCCAGGAAUUGUGUUGGAGCGGAUAAGGCCACAAUCCAAUUCGUUAAGAUUGUCAAACAUGUGUUAACUGGUUUCCAUCUACUGAGUCAUUCAACGGGACAUCCUAUCGCUGAUCAUGAACGAACGCUUUAA